CAAAACAAAAAAACAAAAAGAGGAAAAACAAAAAGGGAGGAUUUUCCAGAAAAGUGGACAGGGAAGGAAAAUCCGUGGAAAAGGCCCAAGGCGGAAGCCGCCGAACUAUUAUUUUACAUACGAGGUACAUCAUCCGAGAACAGCCUCCGACCCGCUGCCGAUCCUCCGCCUCCGGUUUGGAAAUUUUCCGCCUAAGAUGAAUUCAAAUGCUAACGUUAUUACAGCCAAAUUCAAAUUAACAGGGAUUUAAAAUAAUUUUUGUAAGUUGAUACAAAAUUAUCGAAGAAUUAGUUAGAAAUCAAUUGCACGUGAUUUUAUAGUCGCAUGCUAUUACAACUAUAAUCAUAUUCAAUGGAGGCAACUACUUUGACUGAUAUUGGCUUGAUAGACACUGCUAUUCCAUUUGACGCCAAUUUAAUCAGGACCACUGAUGGCACUGAUCUUCCCAGAAGCAACACAGAAAAUGUUACCACCCGAACAGCUGGACAAUUUUCUGUAUUUGGGAACAAAGUUACGUACCUUGCCAUUCCUUUCGUUCUACAAGACCUACAGAGUCAAAAUUUAGUUAGUUAUGUUAUCGAUGGUAAUCAGGCUCUGCCGAUUAUCAAUCAACAAGUUCUUCUAUCCCAAGAUAAUUUAUUUACAGCAUUAAAUGAAACGUCUAGCAAUCAAAUUUCACCUGAGUCGUGUUUAAAUAAUCCUAAUUCUCCUGAUGCAAACAAGGAGAAAACGGAUGAUGUUCAACAGAGUAACAGCCAGAAAGGAAUUUCACAGGAAGGUCAGGUGGAAGAAACGAAUAUAGAAAAAGUAGUUCAAGAAAAUACCUCUCUAAAAGAAAAUGGGGUACUUAGGUGUGAUCGAUGUGGGGAGCAGUUUGAAAAUAAAAAACAUUAUAGGAAGCAUCAAUCGAAACACCUUAUGGACAAACCUUUCAAGUGUCCCGAAUGUCCCGAGUCUUUCAAUUAUGAGUAUAAUUUAAUACCGCAUUUAGCAACGCAUGACAUAAAAAACCCUUUUUGCCCUGUUUGUAAGAAACAGUUUCGAAGGAUAGCCGGCCUCAAAGCGCACAUAUGGGUCCACCAAAGCGAGGACAGCCUGUUUUGCCAAGAGUGCGGAGAAGAGUUCACGUGCCAGAUCCAACUGGACGAACACGCUCUAGAACAUAAAAAUGGAGAAUACUCAAAGGUAAAAUCUUAUAAGUGCCUGCAGUGCAACCUUAAGUUUGAAAACGUAGCGGCUUUCAAAACACACUGUAAAGACAUUCAGCAUAAGAACAAGUUAACAAAAAAUGCAAAGAAAAGGUUCAGAGGGCCUACAAAAAGUUACGACAAAGCUUAUAUGUGUGAAUAUUGCCCAAAGCAUUUUGCAAAACCUAGUCAAUUAGCGAGACAUAAAAGAAUACACACAGGGGAAAAGCCUUAUAAGUGCCAAAUUUGUACAAAAGGCUUUUCACAAAAAGGCUCUCUGCAAAUCCACAUGCUUAAGCAUAGUGGGCAGAAGCCUUACGAAUGCCAGCAGUGCCAUGCUACCUUUAGUCAGAAAGGUAAUUUGCAAGCGCACAUUCACCGUCUUCAUGAGGGGUCGGAGGAAGAAGGUAGGAGGUUAAAAUGUGAUCAUUGUACAUGUCUGUUCAGAAAUGUGGGAAGUUUGAAUAACCACUUGUUGAGAGCUCACAAUAUUUACAUGAAACAGUACUUUAAGAAAUCGCAGGACCUUGACAAAAAUUUAUCAAUCAAAGAAGAUGAGAAAACAGUGCAAGAGCCAACAAAAAUCUUGAAAACUGGAGAAGUUACCCAGCAAGCCGAAUCAUUAGAAGUCAUAAAAUCCAGUGGUACGAAAACACUGCUCACCGAGACACCACUGCAGGACAACAGUCUGGAUGGGAUCUUGCUUCACAAUUUUGAAGUUGACCUCGCUCCGGUCCAAGAUGUAAAUAAUUCAGAGAUCGCAGUAGUAACAGUGAAACCACCAUCGAGGACCCACACCUGUGAAGUUUGUCAGAAGCAGUUCAAAAGAGCUUCAGACCUUCAGAGGCAUUCAAAAAUCCACAUCAAAGAAAGAUCUUUCAAGUGCAUAAUAUGUCCACAGAAGUUCAAUAUGAAAUCUGCAUUAUUGAAGCAUGUUUUGUCUCAUUCAGAUCAAGUUGAGCUAGUUGACAGUACAAAAGAAAAUGAAAUAAACUGUGAUUACACCAUGGAACAAGACUCAAAGAUGUUGGUAGAGGAACUUGAGGUAAAAGAACAGUUCAGUUGUAGUAAAUGCGAGUCUAAAUUUGACUCGCUUGUCGAUAAAGAGAACCACGAAAGGAACACACAUAUCCAGACUGAAACAACGUCGAUCAUCGUUUCAAACGAUCAGCCCUUGCUCUCUCUUGAUAACAUGACGUUAGAAGAUCCUAAAUUUGUCAUAUCUCCUGACGGAUUGAUCGAAUUGUUUCAAGAUAACAGCGUUCUUGAAGGAAAUUCGCAGAAUGUUGAACCUGAAGUGAGUUAUAAUUGCGAUAAAUGCAAGGAAAGCUUCAAUUCAAGCGAACUUCUCACGGCACACAUGAAGGUGCAUUAUUCAACAGAAAAACCAUUUAAAUGUGACACAUGCAACAAGACUUUCUCUAGUAAAAGCUUGCUCAGGACACAUUCCUUAACCCAUACCAAUGCAGAGGAGCUGAAAUGCGAGCAGUGCGGCCGUAUCUGUUCAUCGGCGAGCAAUCUGAAAAGACACGCGGAAACCCAUACGUUCCAGUAUCUCCACUGUUGUCCAAUUUGCGGACGGGCUUACCGCAGUUCUUCUGCCUGUCAAAAGCACAUUACCACACACAGCUCUCAGGCCAGUUUGAAAUCCUUGGAAAUCCACCAGCUUGAAAUGGUGAACGUUCCACAAGAAAAGCAAGAAGGUAAAAAACCCGAUGCCGAAUCCGUACCCCUGUCGAAACCUGAUGUCAAUUCAUUCCAAAGUGAUCUAACCGAACUCAUCAAAUCCUUACAACUGGGGCAACAAUUUAUGAUCCCAAGUCAAAAUGGAGAAGUCCUUUUCGAUUCAAAUAAGCCUGAACCUGCACCACAAACUACAUCCGAAAGUUUGUACGAUUCGGAUAACCAUCAGUUGAUCACCGUAAAUAACGAACUUGAUGGCUGCAUUUUUCUUCAGAAUGAUAAUAUGGAUGUUACACCUCAAGUGAUUGAAAAUAGCUUGCCUGAGAUUUUACCUGAGGCUAACCUUGAUAAAUGUGAUGUUUCGCAAAUGUCGCUUGACAAUCUGGUCGCCCUUGGACUUGUCCAAAAAAGCCCGGAUCUUUCGGGUCUCGACUUAGACAGUAAAUUAGAAGGAAGCAACGUUUUUGAUAGCGAAGAGAGUAAAAUAAUGGAAACUGCUGCCCAAGAUAAUGACAUUCUAAUAGACAUUGACAGGAACGACAUUUUCAUAAAUACAAGCUUGAACCAGUCGAAUGAAGAUGAGCAAGAGUUUACGGAAGGGACCCAGGCAGACUUCGUCGAGCAGAGCUUGCCUAGCAAACCGUUCGAGGCGAGUGAAAUUUUCCAGGAUAGCAAAGGAUACACUUUAAACCAUUGGUUUUCGUGUGGGAUAUGCGAUGAAAAUUUCCAGUCUCCUGAACAAAUUGAAGAACACUGCAAAAUGCACAACAUUAUUGCAAGCCCAGGAGAUACUUUUACUGGUGCGACUGAGAAAAAGAAGAAACACAAUUGGAAGAGAUCUGAUGUGAAGAGAUUAACCGACGAGGAGAGAAAAGCCGCAACAAUGGCCCCUCCAUCAACAUUUUCCGAAAAAGUCCUGUACGAAGCCAUUUUGGAAUAUGAACGGAUUAAAGAUCAGGAAAAUGGGGAUGAAGAGGGCCGAGAGGGAAGGGAGAGUCCAAAGGCUGUACCUCCCGUCGAGCAUAGAAAUAAAUGCAAACAUUGUGAGAAGAGCUUCAAAAAGCCCUCUGAUCUUGUGCGUCACCUUCGGAUCCACACGGGAGAACUUCCUUUCAAAUGCCCUGACUGUGAUAAAAGCUUUAAUUUAAAAUCGACAGCCGCUUGCCAUAUAAAAACGCACACAAAGGACAAUUAUUUUAAGUGUCAUAUUUGUGAGAAGUUAUUUGCAUCGCCUGGUAGUCUGAAGUUGCAUAUGCGACUUCAUACUGGGUCAAAACCUUUUUCAUGUCCAAUUUGCAAAGCGAAAUUCCGAACAUCAGGGCAUAAAAAAGCCCAUUUGAUAUCACACCUCAGACAUGCUUCACAGCAGCAAGGGAUUCAGCAGUCUGAGCUGUUCAAAGCGCUUGGCAUGAGUGAAAUGCCUUCGGAAAGCUCUGCUGAAAUUAGACAACAGAAACCGCCACCCCUGAGUGCUGAAAAGGUGAAAGCCACAAAGUAUGUCUUGUCAAUGGAUGGCCUAUUGACGCUAAAUGAAAACCACCCAUACACGUCAAGCCACACGACACCCACAGUCGACUUUCUGGCGAAAGCAAUCAAGAGCGGUCUUCUCACGAAUGACCUUGAAAAGUCAGCUUACACGAUCUUGUCGAUGAGCGGAGCACUCGAAAACCAGCCUGAUGUCGAGGGGAUACUGCCAGAUCUAGAAUGCGAUCCGAAUAUACAGGAUAGCACAAUAGAAUUCCAGGAGAAAAUUACAACCGUCGUCCCACCUUUAAAACCACCAGGCACUAGUAAAAUUGAGUGCAUUCUUUGUAAUCGAAUAUUUUUCAAACAAGCAAACUAUGAUAGACAUUUGAAAAAAUGCCAUGGACAAGAAGGAGAACAACUACAUGAUUGCAGUAUAUGCAAUGAAAAGUUUAUACGUAAAACUGAUUUAGAACUGCACAUGCUUGCUCACGAUUUAGCCAAGGAAUCGCCCUGCCAAUCUUGUUCACAAGUGUUUCCAGACGAAGUCAGCCUUCGUAGACACGAGUGUACAGGUGAAAAAAAGACUGUGAUGAAACCAUUCUCUUUAGAUUUGUCCUCGAUAGUUCAAGAUUUAUUUCUUUUCCCAUCGGGUAUAAACUAAGUAUAUUAUAACGGAAUUUUAUACAUUAUGUACGUAUCUUAUAAAAUGAAUUUAAUACUACACGAUAACGUGUAAAUGUAUAUUUUGUACUUCACCUCACAAACUUGAGGCUGAAGGUUUGUACAUAAUUAAACGAAAGAGUAUUGUAAUCAAAGUAUUAUUAUUA